AUGCCCAGCGGUCCCAACGAACCUAUUUGGCGCAUGAAUGGUACCGAAACGUCUCGCAAGGACCUGGAUGCUAAAUCCGAGCUGUUUGCCAAGAUCCAGAUCGACCCGAACCCAGCGUCCCUCUCUUCAAAUGACAUCAAACGCUGCUUGAAGGAGUACGGGGUGACGGAAUACACCGAUGCUUUACUUUCCCAGCUCUUGGAGAUCGAAGUCUUUUUGCCAUUGGUAGGUACUUGGGAGCAUCGCAAGUUUGGGCGAAGCUACAAGAUUCAUCUCAGCAAACAUGGGAAACUUCUUUGGCACGGUCAGCACAUCGAUGGGGAGCCCUUGCGUGGGGUUCUUGAACCAGAAGGCAGCUGGAUUUGCAGUGAACUCUACACACCCAGAGAGGAGAAAGUUGGUUCCGUGCGUCUUCGGCAUGGACCUGACUGGAAUCAGUUGAGCCUGAACUUCAAGACCAACUCAGUGACAACUUGGGGAGCCGAUGUUUGCGCCAUGCGCGCCUCUGACGAACUGCAAAUUUGCCGACCGCCCUUUGAGACGACAAUCGCAGACCUGUCGCUCCAUCCCCAGAGCAAAACCCAGUUGCCAAAAGGGGCUCCAGUGCAGGCGGCCUCCAUUGCUGCAGCAGCUGAACUUUCUAGUUUGAGACUGCUGCAGUUGAAGGAAUGCUUGAAGGAGUAUGGUGUCACGGAAUAUGGACGCUUCUGCAAUCACAAAGAAUCUCUAGUGGAACUCCUCCUGAAGGUCGAAUCUGCUGUGCCCUUGGUUGGAAGAUGGCAGUAUGGGAAGCCUCCGAACCGAAAGAGCUACCAAAUCAGACGGCUGACCAGCGGAUUUCUGAAGUGGGAAGGGCCACAUUCCAGAGGUGGCAUGUUGAGCGGCAUUUUGGAGGAUGACGAUGGCUGGUUUGUGGCCCAACUGACCACCAAUCAAAACGAGACCAUGGGAUCCAUCAGACUUCGACAUGGUCCAAAGUGGAAUGAAAUCAUCUCAAACUUUCGAAGUCACAUGAUGAGCGAAUGGGGCAGCAACAUUGUCGCUGAACGGGUUGGAGAAGAAGAGCCCUUGAGACGCCCGAAUUUCGAGGAGUCUGAAUCAGAGGAAGAGGACAACAUCCUGACCGACAUUUCCGAAUUGUCAGCGCAAGAAGUGAAGCUUUGUUUGAAAGAGUAUGGCGUCACCAAGUUCAAUGACGUUGAAACGCGAGAACAACUGGUGGCGAUGCUAGAAAAAGUUGAAGAUUCUUUGCCUUUGCUUGGAACCUGGCAGCAUGGACGACAUACCAAGCAAUAUGAGAUUCAACAGACAGAAGACGGUCAGCUGCUUUGGGAAGGCCCACACAUUUUCGGUGGCACUCUGGUGGGCGUUCUUUACGAAGACGCUGACUGGUUGAGAGCUGAACUCUUUACUUGCAAGGAGGAAUCGGAACAAGUUGGUUCAGUGAAGAUUUCCCACGGCCCAGACUGGCACGAGAUGACGCUCAAGUUCAUGCCCAGCAAUUCUGAUCAAUGGGGCGAUGAUAUCGUGGCAAAACGGAGCUCCAAGGAGCAGACCCCUCGGCGUCCAAAGCCUCUGCCGGCCAUACGAGACCUGGCAGACCUGGACUGUGAUGAGUUCAUGGAAUCGCAGUACUGGGAGUCCUUGGAGGUACUAAGCCAAGCUCUGCGCGUGGAACACGCAGCCUUGCCCCCUUUGGAGCGAAGAGCGAAGAGCUGGGCGCGCAGUGUCGCCUUUGCUCAAAUGACUUUGGGGAUGCGAGGGAUCCCGAUGAAAGGAGGAGCCGAGCAGGGAAACUUUGUGAUUUGGGUGCUGGGUGCCACCUGUGAAGUGGAAGUGUCCUUAGCCGAGCAAGGAUAUUUCAAGGACAUGAACUGGUUGGACCGGGCCCCAACGAAGGUGUACAUCAUUGGUGAGAAUCUACUGGAAGAUUUUGUGGAGGAAGGAAAGGCAAAAGUCUUGAAGGAGACGGUGUCGGCCUCUGUCACCAAAGAAGAUGCGGCUACCUAUGUGGUGGUCUAUUCAAGAGUCUUUGUACGAGACCACCCUUCAGUGGAUGGCAAGUAUGUUGGAGAUCUCUUUGAAGGGACCGAAGUACACGGCCGCGAAGAAGGUGAUUGGCUACGCUUAGACCCAGCAAGUGCUGAACUCUGCGUGCGAAUACGCCAGAAGAAUUCAGGACCCACAUGGGUCUUGAUCGAUGGAAGGCAACUGGGCCUUGGUCGACUCUUGGAGAAAAAAGUGGUGCCAGAACCGGAGUCGCCAACAGGAGCUGCUCAAUCAGCGUUUCCGAUCAUCCGCACCGCCUGCUACGAAGAUUUGCCUUCGCUGUGGAAAAGCGAUCCACCGGAUUUGGGGGUCAUUCUGAUGCCCAACUUCACCAAAACAGCGCCGGAAGAUCCACAGCAGGGUGUCAUCCCCAACAACAUCUUUGAGAUGUUGGGUGGUCUUCCAGUGGUCGUCUCCAGCAGAUGUCGCCUGCAAUCUUUGAAUUCCCUGGCUGAUGGCGUCCUAUUGCCGCAGAUGAGAUGCCCCUUCUCAGCCGGUGCAGGAGAUCCAAGUCUAAAAUACGACGACAAUGGCUGGAUCUUCUGUGCUACUGCAAAUGCCCUGGCAAAAGCGGCGCUGGUGUGCCCAGAGCCGGCCUUGCCAACAGGAAAGGUGAAAAUCAUGUUUUGGGGUAUAGUUGACCUGAAGUACGAUCAUCACAAGCCCCUCUUGGAACGAAUUCGAGUCCUCGAAACAGGUGAUGGAAGGAUCUCCAGAUUCUCAGGUGAUGGAGCGCCAAUACAGAAGCACUUUGAAGACCACUACCAGUUGCAGGAACAGGAAGCCGCCUUGCAGACUUACAACUUCAUCUCAAAGGACAAGAAGCUCACGCAUGACUUGUUUGAUGCCACUGGCUAUGCCCACAUCAUUCCUCGACAGGUUUGCUUCCCUCGAGUGUAUUAUCCUGGCAUUGCCAGCCAUAUCUCGGCUGAGUUGGGCUUGAGAGAGGAGGAUGAAGAGGAGCUGGUCGUUCUAAAGCUUUGCAACCGGUCUCGCGCAGCAGGUGUGCUCAUUGUGCCCUUGAAGGAUCUUGAAAAGGUACUGCAAGAAAUCUUGGAGCCUCCUGCAAAGUUGCAAAGUUGGUUUGAACCUCAACUGGAGCGAUUGAAAGAAAACAGCGCCCGCGAUUUCGGCGUGGUCAGAGAUUCCUUCGAAGAGCAUGUGAGGCAUUGGUGGGCCAACGAGAGCCCAAGCUUUGUAGCAGAGCGCUGCUGCAGCUCCAUGCCCACCAUGCGUGAUGGCCGCUGCUACGAUGGCACCAUGCGUGUGACUUUUGCCUUGCGACGUAGGCCUGGAGCAUCUGAAACUUUGACACCGGAGGAUAUCGAAGUGGAUUGGCUUGGAGGUUACUGGAAGCUGCCUAAUGCUGACAUGAGCUCGAGCUUGCUUCGGGAGCGCAUCAUUAGCCAAGCCAAGACUGGCACAGCUCCGGUUCAGCCGUACAUUUUGAUGGAGGUCUAUGGAGCGCUGAGCUCCGCCCUGCAGCAGCUCUUUGGUGCUGCGGAGUUUACCUCCGAGCGCUUGAGGGAACAAUACAAGAGUCAACCGGAGCUUGCAGCAUACCUCAUUGCCAGACGAGCCCUGUCAUUGCGACCAGAGCAGCGCUUGCAGAGUUUAUGCGAUGUGGAGAGAUCCAUUGCCAGAUUCACAGUCAGUCCUGCCAAAUCUUGCGUUGAGUCCUUCGUCCAUCGGGCACAUGGUGUCCUUAUCGCUCGUGGAAGCGGCUCAGAAAGGUGGAAAGAAGCGCGUGGGCAUUUCCAACGUGCUGUGGACGCACACCCAUCGAAUUCCAACGCUCUCUUCCAGCUAGGGAUGUGUGCUUUGGAAUUGGGGCCCUUAGAGAUGGCUAUUGAGCUGAUGAACAAGAGCUUGCUCCUGGAUUCUGAUUUCCGGGCUCCCUAUGUGAAUCUUGGCGUAGCUUACUUGCGACAAGCCGCUCAUGCGGACGAUCCUCAUAAAGCGCAGGACUUCUAUCUUCGAGCCAUGGAGAUCUCAGAAGCAUGCUUGAUGCGCCAUCCGGCCUCGCCGCAAUGCAACUAUCACAUUGGUGUUGCCUGCACGCAGUUGGCCUUUUAUCUCCAGGAUGGUGAAGGCGUCGACUGCAAAGACGCUCGCUUCAUCGAGCUCCGGGGACGUGCGGCAAGGGAGUUUCUGGAAGCCAGGGGCAGUGUUGAAGCAGCGCGGCGCCUUAGUGACUGGCAAGAAGCCCAGGCGCGUGGUAUCGCCAAAAAGCAGCAAGCACCCUGGCUCUCGGUGGACGACAAGAUGUUGCAAGCCGUCGAAGUGCACAUGAUGCAAGGUCAGACCUUGAAACCGAUCAAGAUCCCAGAAUUCAUUGGCUGGCGCCUGUUUUUCUGGCGUGUCUAGGGCUAGGUCUAGGUGGUGAAUGGUUCACUUCAGAAGGUUUUAAUCUCCUCCCGGGCUGCUGUUGCUUGAAGGGGGUUGACACAUAGGAUUCUAUGAUCCAGCACCAGAUUCGGGCUGUCGCUUAGAGAGGGAUACCAUGGGUGCGGAAUCUGAACUAUUUUAGCAAAGUUGCUGGGGAGGCUUUACCAACCCUCCGACUUGAUGUUCCUAGGUCUUGCAGUGACUCACUGUAGGACAGUCGCGACG